AGGCGAAGCGAUAGUAGCUCAAAACGAGGCUUUAGCGGCAUCACUCCGGACAUCACUUCGAGUGACAUGUUGUGAGUCGACUUCAUGCUACCUUGUGCGAUUCUAAGACAACGAUACUGAAUCCUGAGUAUUUCCAUUUGUUACCGACCUAUAUUGCCCAACAAUUUCGAAAGUUUUUCCCUUUCUCGACGCUUGGAAGGCACGUAAUGAAACUAAAAACAAUGAUCAUAAUGUUUAGUUGUUUUUUUGUUAACAUAAACAUGUAAAUACAGUGUCUUGUGAUUUUCUAAUCUCUUAUCGUUAAACCUCUGCGACUUUCAAAUAGUUGAGAAAGGCUAAUAACGGUGAUUUACCAUCCGUCUAACUCGUGCUCGAUCAACGCAAGAAUAUGAUACCAUGACAUUCGAAUUUAAUUUUAAAAUUUUCCUGUAAUGUUUUUACUAUGUUCCAUUCUUGUCUUAAUAAUACAUUUCACGUUACUUCUCCAUUCUUCUGUAGAUUUGUAGAUUAUCUGCAAUUAUGCCGUUAUCAUCCCAUACAAUAUUUUUUUAUAAAAAGCUGUCCUUUUAAAAAUCUAAACAUAUUUCGGAUCAGUAUUCCUCGGUUGGCAUUGGAAGCAGCGUGAGAGAAUAGGGUUGUGUUGACAUAUAGUGAUUAAAUUUCUCAAACUCAAAAUAACACAUAAUUUCGUUUGAUUUUUUUUAUUAGUUACUUGUACAGUCAAUAUUAAAGGCAAAGAAAAGUAUUUCAAAACGAAUAACUGCAGCAAACAGGUGUAUGUAGGAACAGAUCGUAAAUCAAAGUUAACACUUUGACCGCCAGCCUGACGUCACAGUUUUUGAGUGAGCACGUAGCGCAUGGCAAGAGAGCGAUGAGAGCGACAGUUUCUCGUGCGAUUGUUAUCACUCUUUUGUUUCAUUGCGAUAAGCGGCGUAGCACAUGUCGUUCUCGUUCUCUCUUUCCUACCCCAUUCGUUCUCAAGAGAAUCACUGAGCGUCAAGUGCAAAGCUGAACGGUGAGCAAAACCGUCAUGCGAAUUUAUAUGACACGGCGCUUAAAGUGUUAAAGGACUCCAAACACGCGUGCCUCUGUAUCUUUUGCUAGAAAAGAAAGGUACAAAUUAUACAAAUAAUCGCGAAAUUUCGCUCUCGGGAAGAUAGAAAGAAUGUUGAUAGUGAUUUGAUGCCAGUAAACGUUGGAUGUACGUAUGUUUUAUGACCAUGCCACGCUUCCCCAGGGCUUUUAAUGUAUUGCUUUAAAAUUAAUAUUGCCAUUAAUGCAACCGCUGUUAUCAGGUAACCUUCGCUAUCGUUGCGUACCGAAACUUUCUCAUCGGCAGUUGCGCCACAGAUCCGCGUGCUUCACGAAGAACCGUUCGUUCGGCCACUAUCGGCUGCGUGUAGGAAUUUGUCGUCCCAUCAUGCGGAUCAUGCGCAAAACCACCACUACAAGGCGACCGUGCCGCCGCGCAACAGGUUCUCCCUGGACCGCGCGAGCUGGUUUCACGCGGGCUCAAGAUAACGCGACAACCAUUUGCGUACUCACACGCGACGACGACACCGCAAGCGGUCAGUACACUCCCGGUGCGAAGAUUAAAAACCGUUCGAUCGUCGUCUUCGUCGUCGUCGCCGUUCCGCGCAAUCGAUCGCGAUCGAUCGAUCGCGAAAUGGCUAAUAGCGAUCGCCAAUACAAACAAGACAGGCAGCGGGCGGGCGCAUACUAUUUAUGUCAAACGGUGCGGACAGAAGCUGGCACGAUUUAUAAGAACAUGACACGAAAAGUCAAUUAAAAAAUAAGAAGAAGGGAAGCCCAAACCGCCGGGGUGUCGAAAAACGAUCGUUGGGGAUGGCGUUUUCAUGGCUUCUUAUCGCGCCCCGUAGCCCGAUGUUCGAUGUCACUCCCCGAUCGAUCGGCUGAUGAUAAUGAUGACUUUUGAGCGGGGUUUUCGAUGGUGGUGGAGCUGUGCAUCCGCCUGCACAACAACCCAAACCCCAGGCCGCAUCACCUGUCACCCGUCGCCGGCAAACAUCGUCCUGCGCGACACAGCGACACUGGGGCCCUGGAAGGAGCCAUAAAAUUAAUCCUAUUAGAGCAGCAUGCCGCGAAUGUGCCAAUUAUGGAGCAGAUUGAUUUAAUUGCCAAAUGAUGAUGAUGCGUACCGCUAAUGCGUCCCCGGGCCGUCAUCCGGCAGCAUCAUCCUGCGCCGGGUAGUUCGCCGCGUAAUUGCAUUCGCGUCCUAAUUACCGCCUCUCGCUUCAACGGUGGACAAAUUACUCGUCAACGCUACCAUUAUCAAACUGUAGCGCCUGUUGAGCACUUAGCGCGCGAGCCCUGUUCUCCCCUCGCCUGGAGGGGUGGCAUUAUAAUGCGGAUCUCAGGUCAAUAGACGUAGCAUGUCCGAUCGGAUCGGUUCGACCCAGUCGGCGGGGGAGCUGGGGAGCAAAAUCGGUCGGUCGGAAAAGAAAUUUUGCCCUCGGGGCGAUCGGGUGAAUCGGGCGCGCGAUCCCCUGUUGGGGUGCGUUCGCAUCCAUCUUUUCUAUCCCGGAUCAAUCACAGUGUGGGACAACAGGCACGGCGGGGAGAGGACAGCGGGUGAUUGGAUGCAUGUGGAGUGGCCACCACGCAUGCUAAUGGAUGCGGACGCUCGGAAUCGUCACUUAUGUGGUGCAAUUAAGUGACCGCUGGCUCGUUUCGCUUCCGGUGUUACGCCGAGACGUCAGAUCAUGAUGUCUGACAUCGACAUCGGCCACUUGGGUUGGGUUGGGGCGUCGUUGUUGGUAUGAAAUCGAUACGAGGACACGGGGAGUGGAUGGAUAGCCGACGGACAUGAGCCGGGCAGAGAUGAGUUAUCGUGCAAAGUAAGCUGUUGAUUAGAGAAUGAUGUAUGUUAUUACGGAAUUAAGAUGCUGUGCUAGUGACAAUUUUCUCAUUUCGUGCAGUACGCUUUAUCAGAUGUUGCUUCCAAAGGUGUUUAUAAUUCUUUAAUGCCAGAUUUAAACGGACUUACAAUGGAAAUCUGUUAGCGUCUUUGAUAGCUGAAAUAUGUUUCAUUUAGACCAAAUCUUGUAGCAGCCAAUUUGAGCUUUCGGAGAUCGUUAUUAGAAAGCUUUCGUAGCAAGUUCUAGGGAUUAUAAGCAAUAUCUAAAUUACAAUUUGUGAAGGAGUAUGUCAUUUUGUUGUGUUAUUCUUAUCAUUGUCAGCAUAUUGUCAGAACAAUGUGUUCUUCUUUUGCUAUCUGACUAAUAGUGUACUCCUGUAGUGGUUAAAGUUAGUGAUACUGCUCCAGGGAGAGAUUAAAGAACCUCAGAAUCCAUCAGUUCAGUCCAAUUACCCUGACUUGAGUCUCGAGUUGAAUUGAGAUGGCUUUAUAUCAGAGAAUAAAGCUCAAGGAAGCUGGUGAGCGAAGUGAUAGCUGAUGCUGAAGAUAUUCGGAACAUUUUCAAUGCUAUCCCGAAUCUCUUUUUGAAACGAUAUUUCAGACUACUCUAAAUCUGUAACCUCCGUUAGAAACAGGCAAUAAUUGAUUUAUUAUAUAGAGCUGGUACAUUAGAUAUUUUCACAUUAUUGGUUAUAUUGCAUCGCAGCUAUCCUUUCACAUAUACGUCGUUAGACGAAGUAUGAAUCUGUAAUGUUUUCCAAUGAUGGAAUAAAGGAUAUUACCGAUGAAAGUAGCAAUAAUGACUGUAACAACAUCUACCUCAUGAACUGAAGAAUACACAUGGAAAUCGUUUAAACGACAUUUCCAGAAUCAAUAUCAGGUCUUUCUUAACAUUCAUGAGGAUUCUGUUUAGGGUCACAUUCUACGGGACAAGCAUAAUUGCCUCUUCUCUUAUAGGCGACUUACUUCUAGGCACUCCUUAACGAAUUAGUCAAAGACAAUGACAUCGGACGUUAAAUGCUAGUUGGAUGUUGGUGGCAACAUGUAAUUCUAUAAGACUUGUGAGUGAUAAGAUAGGCGGAGCAGAAGAGGUUCCUGGUAACUCCGAUCCUUAAAAAGCACCCUGGCAAUGUUAACUUGACAAGUAAAGAUAGCAAUAUAUAUGCUAAUCAGAUCGAUUAAACUUGCCCAACGCCUUUUUCUUGCAGAGGAGUUCUCUCGCACCAUCAGCCUCCUGAUUACGUUCCUGAUCGAUGCGCAACGGAGUGACAUUGGCUCUCUCGAUAAGAUUCCACCGAGAAGAAUCGUUUGGGUGUCAAUAAAAUUAUUAAAUUUUUAAUUGAUUCUGUGCUCCCUCGAGGGCAGAGUUAAGGACUUGCGCGCAUCUUAUCGUGUAGUUCGCUCGGCGAACCAGCUCUGGAAUGCCCCAUGAGGCGAUGUGGUUUGUCGUGUUCGUCCAGUGCGCUCCCGAGGUGGGUGAAGAUAAACGUAAAUGACUUCAUUUAUUAUGUCGAUAAUUAUACGCUUCAUCAUUUCGGCAUCCCAAUGGUAUGACAGCGGCCAGCGCAAGGUUGGGCCUCAACGCAAUGACACAACCGUAAGGGUGGUCUGCCGUUCACUAGGCAAAAGGAGCAUGUGGCGAUUGCCCGAACAACUGUCAGAGAAAGAGAGAAAGACACAGUUCCCUUCGAUUGAACAUAAUUAUUCACAAAUUAUCUUCGGCGGCCAGCACCGUCAACGGGGGCACUCUCAGCACACUCGGGCACAGAGUCGGGCGCGCAAAUGACCGCUACCAAUCACUGUCAACGCGAUCCACCCGGGACGUCCUGCCGGUUUUAGUCAUUCCGCAAUACGCAAACCACCCGGGCUAGCGCAACGCGCAACGUGUAAUGGUGUCGUUGAGUUUCGGAAUCGGGCGGCAUCUUUAUCCGGCAGAUCGGUGACCACCGGGUCCGCCGGGGAAACCGUUUGGUUCUUUUGAUAUCGUUUAUUAUGACUUGCACGGACGUUCGGUCGACCUGCUGCUGGGUGUGUUACAAAUUAAACGCCAAUCGGUGAACCAUUUCGAGUGCUGGCGGGCUGCGCAGGUUAGGAGCACCUGUGAAAUAGGAGACGAUUGCAAGAAGGCUCCAAGGGAAAGCGAUCUAAUCUGGGAAUGAUAUGAAAGAUUUAGGUUUUUUGUUGCUCUGGUGCAUUAAUUCCGUCCUUAAAUGGGAGUGGAAGGCCUAUUAAAAAAGGGGAGCAAUGUGAUUAAAUAGUGCAAAUGACUUUAAGAUUAAGCGUGUGCUAUCGUGUGGUACGAUUGUAAUAAGCGUGUGUAGAGCUGUUAAAAAUGAUAAUUGGAGGUCGCUUCUGAAGGGUUGAUUAAUUGCAUUGGCUUAAUAAACCUAAUCAUCCAGUUGGUUUAGUUUUUGUUGAGAUAAUCCAAGAUCAAACGAUGUGAUCCAAAACGGAGAUUAAUGAUCUUUUGAACAUGCUGUUAGGAGUACUAAAAGGCUGAAUGUUUGAUCUUAAUAUCACUUCAGAUUAGUUAGAAUAUAUUUGCCGAUCAUUUCUCACAUCGUAGGUAAGAUGGGAAGACGGUAUGGUAAAGAUUUCGGUUUUCAUCAGAUUUGAACAGCGUCCAUGUCUCAGAGGCGUAUGUGAGUACUGGUACUAUAUAGCUGCUAUAUAGUCCCAGCUUCGUCCGUCGCGACAAGUUCCUUGAACUGCUGCUUUGAGGUGAGGCUGUAGAAUGACCGGUUGGUAGACAGCAUUCUUGCGCGCAACUCAAUUUCCAUAAUAUUGUCGUUGGUGACCUUUGACCCGAGAUAGGUGAAUUCAGGGACGACUUCAAAAGUGCGUUCACCUAUGUGUACGUCACACCUACGUAGGUUUGGUUUCUUUUGGAUCUGUUUGGUCUUUGCCUCGCCUAUCUGCAACCCGAGGAUCUCUGCUGCCUGCUCGAUCCCUUGGGAGGCUUCUGCUACCUAGGAGAGCCGCAGACCAAUGAUGCCUAUAUCAUCAGCGUAUACCAGGAUUUGGGUUGACUUAUAGAAGAUUCCCGUAGUCUCCAACCCGAGUCCCAGAUGGCCCUCUCUAGCGCCAAGUUGCAUAGAUAACAGGCAAGCAUGUCCCCCUGGCGUAGACCUUUGGUGGUAGCAAUUUCAUUGUUUUAUGUACUUGUUGUUUUACAGAAAGGGAUAAAGCAAAUGAAAAAUGAUAAAACUCAAAAGUAAGUCAUUGUAUUUUUCUAUAAAAAUCAUGAACAAAAAACACUUCACACAUGCCUUCACACAAAACAAGGAACACAAAACUUGUCUUAAAAUUAAUGAAAAGCACCAGCAGUGUAAAGGAUUUAAUGUCUAAAUCACGUCGUAUUCCUUUUUUUGACCGCCACUGUAAGCUUUUUUGUAAAAAAAAACACACACGCACUAAUAACUCGAUCACUCGGGCUAACGAUCUGUCACACGCGAUCAAUCCUAUUGUUAUCUCACAAACACAGCUACCACCGGAUGGCUGACACGCAUCAUUUUAUCGGCUACAGUUAUCAUCGUACUUAUUCAUUUCGUCCGUCUUAGUCAGUUUUUUUAGGACACAAAGUUAAAAAAAAAAACGCAUUUUACCCUCGUCCCCUUGUGUGUACUAGUCUGUCCGUGAAGACAAAGCUAAGUGAAUAUGGCAUUCGCGGUAAAGAAGCGCACCAACAACCGGCUGAACGAGAUCGAAAAGCUUCAACAACCGGCGAACUUUUUGCCCAAUUCCUACGGUGAUCGAUUUAUUCCCCGUCGAUACGCACUGUCCCGAUCGAGCCGGUUCAAGGCUGAAAGCAUGCCGGAACAGAAAACGGAUCCAAUGGUGAUGAAGGAGAUGCCUGGCUACUGGCGUACCCAUCACUAUUCGAGCGUGCUGAAAAGCCAGCUCGGGCUGGUCUCGACGCACGAUAAGAUACUGUCCUUCCGCGAUAGCACCAGCCGGCAGGUUUGCAAACGGCUCGCCAACAAGCGCCCGCUGGAGUGCAUCGUCCGCCCCACGUACAGCAACCAGCAGAAGCUGGACUGGAGCUGCCAUCCGCGCACCAAACCGAUCGGGUUCAUCGAAGCCGUGCACGAUCUGCCCAACAUCAAGACGUACUAUCACAAAAUCAUCGACUGGUCCGCGGCCGGGCAGAUUGCGGCAAUCUUCAGCAAAAAGCUCGUCAUCUGGACGCCCAACACGGACGAGAUCAUUGGGCUGGGGGCCCAGUACGCGACGUCGAUCGCGUUCGAGCCGGCGGGCACCCGGCUGGCCAUGGGCAUUUUUAUGAUGAACCGACCGUGGCUGAACAUCUUCGACGACCCGGCCAGGCCGCAGUCGGAGCGGCACGGCUCGCUCAAGAUGCUCGACCCGCUGGACCACCCGAUCAGCUGUCUGACCUGGGACGGUAGCGGACUGUACGUGCUGUGCGGGUUUGGCAAUGGUCAGAUUUCGAUCGUGCGCAUCCGGCCGGCGGCCAACAUUAACCAGUGCGAAAGCAAGUACUGCGUGCACAAGGGUUCGAUCAUCGCGAUCAAGUUCUCGUGCGGGUGCCGGUACAUGGCGACCGCGGACGAUCUCGGCCAGCUGUACCUGUGGCACUGGAGCGCCGGCAACCUAACGCCCAUUACCAACUGGGACAGCUCGAUGUGCGCCUUCUUCGACUGGCAUCCGUGGCGCGAGGAUGAGAUUGUGAUCGCCGACAGCGAACCGAUCCUGAUCGCACUGUACCACGUCCCGAGCCGCCAGGUGCUGUCGUACUAUCAACGUCGCGAGAGUGAUUGUAUCUUGACGACGCUUUCGUUCAACAAGCUUUCCGGCGAGCUGGUCGUGUGCUACUCCUUCACGGAUCUCAGCAAACCACCCGAAAUACUUGUUCUCGCGUCGAUGGAUCGCGUGGUGGAUGUGAUGCGCAAUCACGAUGACUGCAUCGUACACCUCCUGUGGAGUCCGGAUGGAAAGCAGCUGGCAAGUGUAGGGUAUGAUGAAACGCUCACGAUUUGGAACUUCUUCGGUACCUCACCCACAAACGAAUGCAAGAAGAGGAAGCUGCAAUGCGAACCGCCGGUCAGUAGCGGUAGCUCACGGACCGAUGGAAGAGCGUGUGGCAAUGCUGGCAGUUCCUGGGACGCAUCUCGCAUCCCGUGCAACCGUAACAAAGAAGCCACCUAUCGUGAUCUGGCCUCGAGUUUUCUUUUCAAGGCAAUGCGCUGAUGCUGCUGUUCUUCAGUAUACCCUGCCCGUAGAGUCAAACAGGAAAAGCAAAGGAACAGAAGUCCCCUUGAUAUGGUCAACUUGCAACGAAUGCGAGUAGGUAAUUAAAUUAGAGACAUAAAUAAUUGCAAAGGAAGGAAGGAAAUGAAGACAAGCUUUUUCCACCUACGCUCCGGAGAAGAUGAGGAAAGAUAGGGGACACAUUUGGACUGAGUUUGUUUACAGGCUGCUGAGUGGCCUUUCGAUAACACAGCAGAGCAGAUAGAAUGCAAACAUUGUAUAGGCAUAGGUCCGAUAUUAUAGUCGUAAUGUUCCAGUUUGUUUAUUUAUUUUAUAUUUAAAGUUCAUUGUAAAGUUUAUAAAUCGUCAAGAAGUUUGUUAAACCAUUUUACCGAGGCCUUCGUGCUUUAUACUCAUCAAAUCU